AUGACAAACAGAGCUUUAUCUUUCCCAUCAUCUCCUGUUGGCUAUGUAUUUCGUCCGACCGAUGAAGAAUUGGUGAAUCAUUACCUGAGGUUAAAAAUGCAUGGCGGCUAUGAACAAGAAGUCAGCAUAAUCGCCGAAGUUAAUGUGUGCGAUUUUGAGCCUUGGGUACUCCCUGGGCUUUCUACAUAUCAGUCAAACGAUCCAGAGAGUUAUUUCUUUUGUCCUCGCAGUUAUAAGUACGUAAAUAGUCACCAGGCUAAUAGGACAACUGUAGCUGGAUACUGGAAAGUGACCGGCAAGAAUCGUAUAAUCAAAGCUAAAUCUACCAAGGAGCAUAUUGCUACCAAGAAGACUCUGGUUUUCUACGAGAAUCGUGUUCCUAAUGGAGUCAAGACCGAUUGGGUCAUCCACGAGUACCAUCCAACUUUCAGCUUCCACAACCAGAGGGACUUCGUUCUCUGCAAACUGAAGAAACAUCCAGAUGAGAACAUGCCAACAUUUGAAGAAAGUGAAUCAAGUUCCAAUGUUCCUUAUGGUUUUGGAAAUCAAAAUCCAACUGUGCGUAAUUAUCCCUUGAUCUUGGAAGAAGGUGGACAUACUGCCCAGAUGGCUUCUAAUUUAGCAAACAAUAGGCUAGAGGAAGAGAUCAAUCAACUCCGAACACAACUGGAAUCAUUCCGUGGAUUUGAUGAUGGAGAUUUCGGCCUGAAUUCUGCCCUGCAGUUUUCACCCGGGAAUUAUAUGUAA